GGGUGUGCGGGCAGCGUUCCAUAACGACGCUAACAAGCUUACCCCAAUGAUCCUUGCAACUUUUUCGCAAACCACAAUUUUCGCGUCUGCGAGCAACAGUUCCGCUCACGCCGCGCACCCUCCCAAUGGCACCCUCGAACAAAGCUGCACAGAAGGCAAAUGGCCCGAAACGCCAUUUGUCUUCGCAAACGAAAGAAUCCGCGCGCUCGAAGCCCUUGUUUGAUCCCGAACCGAGCGAUACCGAAGUAGCCACACUGCAGCCCGCGAACGGUCCGGCGGCGCCUGACUGGGAAGGAUUCGAUGGAGAAGACGGAACCUCUGAAGAAGAGGACGAGGAGGGCGAGGAGCAGAGCAGCAGCGGCGAAAGUGUAGAGACAGCCACCAAGAAGAAAGAGAAGCCCUUGCUUCCAAAAGAUGCCGAAGAGGAGGAACUCGAGCGCAUCAUCUUCGGCGACUCCGCAGGCUUCAGGGAAGGCCUGGACACCUUUUCAUUGGCGCCUGCGGGAGCUGCUCUGGACGCUGGUUCCGAGGCUGACGAAGACGAUGGCAAUGACUACGGCAAUGUUGCCGACCAAGAUCUGUUCUUCUUCGAUGCUGGUCCCACCGCACAGCCAGCAGGGCCGCUUGCUCUCGCAAAGGCCGGCGACACAGAGGACGACGACGACGACGACAAGCCUGCCUGGGAAGACAGCGACGAUGAGCGUCUGGUGGUGAGCUUGGCAUCGGUGCCCCAGCUGCGGAAGUUGCGGGAUACAGAAGACGAUGACAUGGUGAACGGGAAGGAAUACGUGCGCAGACUUCGCCGACAGUACGAGCGGCUCUAUCCCGUACCUGACUGGGCGGUACAUGCGACCGGAAAGGCCAAACGGAAGCGGCGGCACAUCGAAGACGACGAGAGCGAUAUUGAAUCAGCGAGCGAUAUGGACAUGGACGAUGACGAUCUCUCCACGUUGCCAUUAGCGCGACUGCUGAAAGAUGCGGACAUCCUGUCUCGGACGUCGAAGAGCUCCGCAAAGAGAAGGAAGCUGCAAGCGGGCACUGUUGAGAUCGCGAGACUGAAGGAUGUGACCGGAGCGGGCCCAUCUGCUAUAACCUCGUUGUCCUUCCAUCCUACGUAUCCGCUGCUCCUGUCAUCUGGGCCCAGCUCGACGCUCUCUCUGCACCACGUACACCCGUCGGACCCCCACAACCCUAACCCGCUUCUCACGGCUCUCCACAUCAAACGUACGCCACUCCAUACAACCGCGUUCCAUCCCUCGCCGUCUGAUUCUCGCAUCUUUUUGAGCGCACGAAGGCGUUACUUUCACGUGUGGGACCUUACGACAGGCACGGUAGAGAAGGUCUCCCGCGUGUACGGCCACCAGCAUGAGCAGCGCACAAUGGAGCACUUUGCGUUAUCGCCCAACGGCAGGUACUUGGCGCUGCGCGGUUCCUCAAAGAAAGGUGGUGGUGUCGUCAAUGUCCUCGAUGCAAGGACACUACAGUGGGUGGCACAGGCCCGCGUCGAGUCCAAAGGUGGCAUCGCCGACUUUGCCUGGUGGGGCAACGGCAACGGUCUCGUCAUUGCGGGCAAGAGUGGUGAGGUAACGGAGUGGAGUGUUCAGGAUGGCGUAAUUGGAAGAUGGAUCGACGAGGGUGCCGUGGGGAACACAACCAUCGCAGUGGGUGGUAAGAGCGGAAGAGAUGGGUGGAUUGGUGGUGACAGAUGGGUAGCGAUUGGAAGUUCCAGCGGCAUUGUCAACAUCUACGAUCGGAGAGCAUGGAGCGAGGACGACCCUGCGACCACCGGCAACACCGAUGUUGUCAAUGGUGGCAUACCCAAGACCCCAAAGCCGUUGCGAGCUCUCGACAACCUCACGACCCCUGUAUCACAUCUCCAAUUCUCGCCAGACGGGCAGAUACUUGCCAUGGCCAGUCGCUGGAAAACUGCAGCUCUCAGGCUGGUACAUCUACCUUCAGCAACAGUCUUCAGGAACUGGCCCACACAAAAGACUGCUUUGGGCAGGAUCACGUCAAUCGCGUGGGGCAGCCCCUCCGAGGAGGAGAUCAAGGAGGGUAGCUUUGCGCUACUAGCUGUCGGCAUGGAGACUGGGCGCAUUCGGAUGUGGGAGGUGAGAGCGUGAUGCGUCCGGAAAUAGAUAUAUUAGGCACAAUUUCGAGCAUCCCAGCAGUGUGGUCGGACUAUUUGUUAUCGUAAGUCUACCGAGGCAUCCCUCAUACCACUGGCGUUCAUUUGGAACAUACCCUGUACCUCUUCGCUUGAUUUCGAUUCCC